AGCGGCACGGAGAGGGAAAGAGAGAGAGAUGGACAAGUGUGUGGAAGCCGAGUGUGUGAGUGCGAAGCACCGGGGAUCCUGAGCCUGGAGGGGAGCCGUGUGAUGAGAGGGGGGCUCUUCUGCCCGUGGAUGUAUGUGCCAGGACAGCAUUAUUCGCAGGCGAGCGUAUGAGUGUGCGCGUGAGAGACGGUGAGUGUGAGCAUGCCAGCGAGCGUGUGUGUAACAGUGUCGUCGAUCAGCGACGGGCUCUUCGCAUUAUGCAGCCGACGGUGCUCAUCACACUUUGAGGACUGACUCAUCUAGACCGGGGCUGUGGAGACAGAAGAACGAAACAGGGGGGAAAGACAGAUGGAGGGAAAGGCAGGAAGACAGGUUUUAGGCUCUUGAUGCUUUGGGUCCUUCUAGACCGUCCAAGGGUCUGGUCCAUUUGUGGGAUGCCAGUAACCCCCCUUUGUUCCCCCACAAAUUGGAAUUGCAGACACACAGCCAGUCAGGUAUCCGAAAUUGCCCAAACCCCCCUGAAAGGAAAAUAAAUCCCCAAUCAUCGUGUGAUUUGCAGGAAGGUUUUCACUCAAGAUCUGCUCCACGGACCAGGACAAGAGGGUCUCCGGUAUCUGCGUGGUCUUUUUUUUUUUCUUUUUCUUUUUUUUUCUUUUUUUUUUUUCGCUUGCUCUUUUUCGGGAGGGGGGAGUUGCAGGAUCCUAUCCCAGAGCCUGAGGGGUGGGAGAUAAGAGGCUGGCAGACAGGACGGGAGAGACGCAGGCAUGGCUCGCCUCAACUGGUGCCUGGCUGCCGUCAUCAGCUGGGGCAAGUUCCUCUUCGCCUGCUUCUUUCCUCUGCGGGGGGCCAAACGAGACAAGCCCGACGAGCUGGAGGGCGUCCACACGCACACCUUCAAGCUGAAGCCCUUCAAGAAGGCCAAGAGUUGUGACAUAUGCAAGCAGGCCAUCACCAAAGAGGGCCUCAUCUGCAAAGCAUGCCGGCUGUCCUGCCAUAAGAAAUGUGAAGUAAAGGUCACCACAUCAUGUCAAACAGCUACCAACAAUGAGCCGCCUCCCACUCCUCAGCUGCCAUUAAAGCAUGUAGAUACUCCGGGAUCUACGAGGUCCUGCAAGAGUGUGGAGAUAAGGCGAAAGCAGUCUCGGAGUCAGAGUGUGGUCCCGGCCAUGGAGGAGAGCUAUGAGGUGGACCUCGUCUACAUCACGGAGAGGAUCAUCUCUGUCUCCUUCCCCGCCGGUGCCGAGGAGCGCAGCUACAUUGCCAACCUGACGGAGGUGGCAACGAUGCUGCGGUCCAAACACGGUGAACACUAUCUGAUACUCAACCUGAGCGAGCAGAAGAAUGACUUAACAAAGUUGAACCACAAGGUUCUGGAGUUCGGCUGGCCAGAUCACCAUGCACCGGCGUUGGACAAGAUCUGCAGCAUGUGCAAAGCCAUCGACACGUGGCUCAAUGGAGACCCUCGCAACGUGGUGGUACUACACAACAAGGGAAACCGAGGUCGAACGGGGGUGGUGGUGGCUGCAUACAUGCACUAUAGCAACAUAUCCGCAAGCGCCGAUCAGGCAUUGGACAGAUUUGCAAUGAGGCGCUUCUAUGAGGACAAGGCACUUCCCGUGGGUCAGCCUUCACAGAGAAGGUAUGUGCGCUACUUCAACGGCCUCCUGUCCGGCCACAUUAAAAUCAACAACAAGCCUCUGUUCCUGCAUCACGUCAUCAUGCACGGCAUACCCAACUUUGAAGCCAAAGGAGGUGAGUACCUGCCUCCGUUUAAAAUGCACACAAGAAGUCGGUUGUCAGAAGUCAGAUGUUGUUUUCUUGAACACGUUCCCUGUUUGCGUCCCUUGGCAGGCUGCCGUCCUUUCCUGAAGAUCUACCAGGCAAUGCAGCCAGUCUAUACGUCAGGAAUAUACAAUGUCCAAGGAGACAGCAACACCAGUAUCUGUAUCACCAUCGAACCUGGACUGCUUCUGAAGGGGGACAUCUUGCUGAAGUGUUACCACAAGAGGUACAGAAACUCCACCAGGGACGUGAUGUUCAGGGUGCAGUUCCACACCUGCGCCAUCCACGACCUCGGGGUGGUUUUUGGGAAGAACGAGCUGGACGAGACCUUCAAAGAUGACAGGUUCCCAGAGUACGGGAAGGUGGAGUUUGUUUUCUCAUAUGCGCCAGAAAAAAUCAAAGGCCUGGGCCACCUGGAGAACGGGCCAAGCGUCUCUGUGGACUACAACACCCAGGACCCCCUGAUCCGCUGGGACUCAUACGAGAAUUUCAUUCACCGCUGUGAGGACGCCAUGGAUGGCGAGCACGAUGUUGUUCACACCCAAGGUCCACUUGAUGGAAGUCUAUAUGCCCGGGUUCGCAAGAAAGACUCCCUGGAGGGAGUUGUCACCAUCAACGGUCUCCCAGUCCAUGAAAACCCCUUGACCGAUGAAGAGAACCCACUGCAACACACCAGUCACCCCCUGCAAACCACUGAGCAGACCCUUCCUGUGACAUGCCACACCUCCCUCCCAGCUGUGGACCAUACCCUUUCCGUGAGCAGUGACUCUGGCAACUCAACCGCAUCCAUCAAGACUGAUCGUACUGAUGAGCACAGCCAGUCUGUGCAGAGUGCUGUGAGUCACAACAACCCUACAGCAACCCACCCACCACUCAGCCCACAGGAGAAAAGAGAGCUCGACCAGCUUCUGAGUGGCCUUGAGGCACCAACUCAACGGCAAGCCUACCUGUCCACAUCAACAAGUCCAGGGGGAGGAGUCCGACACCUGGUCCCGGCACAAGUGCACGUCAACGGAGGUCACACCAGGCUUGCUGGCGCCCCUUCAACAGAGGAGCGAGAGACAGAUAUUCUCGACGACGAGUUGCCUAAUAGCCAAGAGGGCAACAGUGUGGACAGCUUGGGCACAAUCUCAUCCCUUGAGGGCCAGGCGACACCAGCAGAUCUCUAUUAUCAAUCACAGACACCUGUCAGUGGCCAGAACGACGGGCCAUACCUCGAGAGAAGCGCUCUUGGGGAUAAGCUUAACAAGAUGCCUGUCCAUGGAGUACGAACUCCCACAGUGAUGCAGGAGAGGUCUGACUCAACAUCGCCUCAGGCGGGAUACAACAACUACCAAAAUGGAGGAGGGAUGUACCAUUCACAGUCCUUUGGGAACCCAACCGCCAGCAGCCCUGAGGCCAACCCUAAAUUGAUGCCCAGGGCCCCUGAAAGGAGCACAAGUAGCCGGGAGGCUGUUCAAAGAGGUCUCAAUACCUGGCACCAAUAUAGCCUCCCGGAUGAUCCAUUUGGCCCUCCUCUUCAGUCAACACACAGUCUGCCCCACUUUCCAACUCCAGCCUCACAGCGGGAUAUUGAACAAUCCAUUGAGGCACUAAAUAUGUUAAUGCUGGAUCUGGACCCAAUCAACUCCCACAUGUCCAAGUCCCACAGUGCCCCCCCUGGAGAGAACAGCCUCAAUUCCUCCCAGGUGCCCUUCUCCCAGACCCUUGCCAGGCCCUCAUACCAAGGGGACUCUGCUAUCCACAGCUACAACAACUCUGGGCCAGUUGGAAACACCUUUCAUCAGCCCCUACCAUCAGCUGGGAGAGUGUCAACAUUGCCCAACCAGAGUCCAGUUAUAGAGCCUCCAGUAUAUUCUCCCCAGAGGCCUAACGUCGUCUACCAACACCAAAAUACCACCCCGACACACACCCCCGAGCCCUACCUCCACUCACGCCAAGCACCCCACCAUUAUGCCACUGAUUCACCCUCUAAUUUCAACCAGCAGGCACCUCAGAAGCCUAUGAACUCGUAUCCAGGCGUUGGGGUUUCACCCUCCCCAGACCUUCAGGGGUCGUCUCCAUACCCGGGUUACAGUGCAUCCUCUUCUCCCCUUCCUGCUUUCACGCCCCAGCCCAAGGAUACAUCUUCUUCAUCUUUGCCCAGGGAACAAGACGCAGAGGAGGAGACUUUAAACUUGGAAGGACUAGUGGCUCACCGUAUUGCCGAGUACAACGCUCGUAUUCGGGGCAUCAGUGAAAGCAUGACACCACAACAAUCUGACCGCCAUCGCUCCUAUUCCUUCUCUGGAGUUCGCUCCAGAGGAAUGACCCCAGAAGUGACUCAGGAGUCCGGCAGGCGUCGGACCACGAGUGAGGGCCAGUACCAGAGUGGCCACGAGAACACCUCGGCCUCAUCGCCAGACUUUGCAAACAAUCUGGUGCUCAACCCGGGAGGAAGACCAAGAGAGGGCCCCAUGCAUAGCUACCGGGAGGCAUUUGAGGACGACGAGGCGGACGGUUUUUCUAACAGUCCUACCUUUGGAAGCGGUGCUCGCACUCCUCCAGGUUUGGCCAAGACUCCUCUGUCAGCGUUGGGCCUGAAGCCUCACCAGCACAGUGGAUCAGACUCUGAUUCUAAUGAUGGGGAUCAAGAUAAUCGCGGUUUUGGUGACUCAAAGGCACAACCAUUCAGCGCUCCUCUGACCUCCAGCAGCCCCAUCUACACUGCUGAUGGAAGAAGGGUUGGCGCUUCAGAUGGGACCCCGCACAGACCUGCAUCCCCAGAAGGCUCACAGGUCAACAUCAUGGGCGUACACACCGUCCCUGGCAGCCCCAACACCCUCCACCGCACGGUGGCCACCAACACACCACCAAGCCCCGCCCUCCAAAGACGCCUGGGUCAAGCCAGCCCUUCGCUGGCCCGGCACCCUCCUCCGUGCAUCCCCUCCAGUCCUCUCAUUGGCAGAAGCCCUAAAACGGUGGGCGCUGGCGUGCCUCCCAGCCCUCUGAUGGGGAGGCGAGCCCCGGCGAGCGGCCACAGCACGCCCGACGAGCUGGGCGCCGCCUCCCGUCAGGGGAGCGCCCAGCCCCCAUCCACGCCCGCCUUCCCCGUCUCCCCGCAGCUUCCCGAGAAGAGGCACAUGUCCAGCGGGGACGCGGACCGGACAGACAACAAAAACCUGACACCGGCCCCAAUUAGCGGUGGCAGCACACCCAAUCUGUCUGGCACGCACACACUCCCGGACAUCUCCAAGUCCAUAUACGAUAGUUAUCCUGACAUUAAGAUGAAUGUCAAGUUUGUCCAGGACACGUCGAAGUUCUGGUAUAAGCCAGACAUCUCCAGAGAGCAAGCCAUCAACCUGUUGAAGGACAGGGAGCCCGGGGCGUUCAUCAUAAGGGACAGCCAUUCUUUCCGCGGGGCCUAUGGCUUGGCCAUGAAGGUAGCCUGCCCCCCUCCGACUGUACAGCAGAACAAAAAAGUUGCUGACAUGACUAAUGAGCUGGUGAGGCACUUCCUGAUUGAGACAAGUGCCAAAGGAGUGCGUCUGAAGGGUUGCCCCAAUGAACCCUACUUUGGUUGCCUCUCUGCUCUGGUGUACCAACACUCGAUGACCCCACUGGCUCUGCCCUGCAAGCUGAUGAUCCCCACCAAAGACCCGAAUGAAGAGGCGCUAGAACUCGCCACGCCCACUGAUGCAGUCGUGGAACUUCUUAAGCAAGGAGCAGUUCAAAAGGUUCCUGAGGAAGCACAUGCGUGCAAUGUUCUCUACAUCAACUCCGUGGACAUGGAGUCUCUCACGGGGCCCCAGGCCAUUGCCAAGGCAAUUAGUCAGACGCUGGCAACCAACCCUCUGCCUGCUGCCACCACCGUCCACUUUAAAGUGUCCACGCAGGGCAUCACGCUCACCGACAGUCAGAGGAAAAUUUUCUUUAGACGACAUUAUCCCAUCAACACGGUAACCUACUGUGACACUGAUCCCCAAGACAGAAAAUGGGGCAAGGAAGGAGGUGGAUCCGUAAGGCUGUUUGGAUUCGUUGCGAGGAAACAAGGAAGCACAACAGACAACGUCAGCCACCUGUUCGCUGAGCUGGACCCAGACCAGCCGGCCUCCGCCAUCGUCAGCUUCGUCUCCAAGACGAUGAAGCGGUGAAGCCCGUCGACGUCCGAAUGGCGGUGGCCAUUUCGCUGUUUUCCUUCGUCGUCGGUGUCUUUUUUCGCCGGGACUCGGUGGUGUCCCCUUUUCUUUUUUCUCCUGUUUCCUCUCGGUUUGUUUCCGUUUUCCCCUUUUCCUCUCUGCCUUGCUGGUUUGUCUUGGUCUUUUUUGGAGUAGUGUCUAUUUGAAGGUGUGGAUCCAGAAUGGAGAUAGAGGAAGUGUGGUGUGGAGCUGUGCACGUGACAAACACGGAGGCCGUUGGAGAGAGAAGAUUUAUUCACAGGGUAGCCUGUGCUAGGAGAAAUUGCUAGCUAAAAGACUAAAGGAACAAUGCUAAGUUCAGUUGGGGAACAUGCAAGGACUUGUACGUUUCAGGGUUUUCUGUUGUUUUUGUUGAUUGAUUUACCAAAGGUAGUUGCAAUACAAGUGCAAGAAUGAUGUAGCUAUUAAGCCAUUAUUAUUUCCUCUUUUCAAAAGAUGAAGUCUUGAACAAAAAAAAAAAAAGAAAAGAAAUCUGGUUUCUUCUUGAACUCGUCUUCAGGAAAAAAGUUGGCCUUGACGGCUUUUAGCAAAACAGUGUCUGAAGACAUUAUGCAUGUUAGCUUGAUCUUUAAAGCUUGGUUCUUCUACCUUCCACAAAAGUCAUUGUGAAAUCCUUUAGAGUGGUCAUUUUCUGGGUCUGCUGUGUGUUGGAAAGGGCUCUGCAGUGAAACAACGACUGAUCUAAACUGCGCAUAGCAGACCAGAUUUAAAAAAAAAAUAAAAAUAAUAAUAACAAUAAAAAAAAAUAAGGAAAAAAUAACGCCACGCUAAGGUCACCGCACUUUGUGUCAGUGCAGCCACACUUGCAUCACCUCAGCCUCAGGUCCAAGCCUGAUCCCUCUCUGAAAAAACUCUUGGAUUACAGAAGUCAACAAAGUCAAAAAAGAGAAAGAGAGAGAGGACAACUGCUUGUCCACAAGAUGGCGCAACUCAUUCAGGCUUGGACUUGCACACACAGACUCGCCCAUCACCAACUGCUUGCAGUAGUGGAUCUGUUGAUAGACGCUGCCACUGAAUCACACUGGAAAUCACCAGGGACUGGCCCAAUGAUGACCUGGACCUAUGCACUGUUCUUUAUGCAUGUUGUUGUUCCAAGAAAAAAAAAAAAUGCACCCUCCCUCCCUCAUAACCUACAUUCAAACAUCACUGAAAACAUUCUAUGCUGUGUGCUAAAAAAAAAAAAAAAAAAAAAACCUUUAGACAAGUUCUCCAAGGUUAUUACGACUUGUCAGAGACUGCAUGAAAUAGACAAACAUUUUUGUACUCUCCUCAAGAGUCCUAAAAAGAAGUAGACACCCCAUUGUUGAAGUAGUCACAUGAUGGUGAGAUGCUAUGUUUUUACUUUUUUUUUUUUUUCAUUUUGGUCCAUUUGAGCCAGGGUUACCUUUCACUGUACCAAGGACAGUUUCGGUCUUUGUUUUUUGUUUUUUUUUUGUUCCACAGUGUUGUCCAAAUUUACAUUUAGAUACCUUUUAGGGCGAAAGGAAGAAAAAAAAAAACAACACAAAGUUUCCACACUGUGCGCAAUGCCUGCUUGUUGAACACACGCUCAACCAUUCACAAUAAGCUAAGGAAAAUUGAUAUUGAUAUAAAUGUACAUAGAUAUACUACUUUGAAAGGUGACAUAGCGAAAAAGUAUUUAUUUUUGUUGCUUUGGUCCCUCAUGAUUAACUCAUAUAUACAUAUAUUGUACAGUCUAGAUAAAGAACCUAACGGGGUGAGAAAAAAAUAUAUACUUAUUUUGGCUAAUGAUUUCAAAGUCUGACGAUUUUGAAAUGUGUUUGAAUAUAUGGUGUACAUUACUUUGUACAUGUAUAUGUUUGUUUUUUGGCCGUUUUUUUUUUUUGUUUGUUUGUUUUUUUCCCCCAUUUAUUUUACUUUAGUUUUCUCUCGGACCGAGGCGGGGCAUGAUCGCGACAGAAGCCGAGACCUGAUGCAUGGAGAGAAAGCGUUAUUUUAGUUUUUGUUUUUUUUUUUCCCGCCACUGAAACGCAUCGUAGCUGGUAGAUUUUAAGGUAAAAGGAAGAUUUUAGAGAAAAAAAAAGAAAAAAAAGGGAAGCACGUUAAAGGGUUCAGAACCUCAAAAAAAAUAAAAAAUAAAAUAAAAACAAAAAAAUAAUAAAAAAUGCAAUACGAAAACAGCUGUAUGCACCCAUGACAGUUCCAACUAUAAUUUUGCCAAAGAUUCACACGUGUGUACAUCUGUGCUAACUGGCCGCAUGUUGCUUUAUUGUAUUUUUUUUUAUUUCUAUUUUUAUGUCAUAUUCAUUUUGUUUUUUGUUUUUUUCACGUUUGAUCACCUCGCUCGGCUUUAGCGGGACACAUGGUUUGUACCGUAACCAAGGGGCUCUUUAUACGGAAAGCAGCAAAUGUUUUUACUGGUGCGUCUGUUCAAGAGAGAACAGGCCCGCCGAGCCCCGUUGGAACAGUGUGCAAACAAAGCACUUAUAUUCACAAUACUAAAAGAGAAAUGACAUCAAUUUCAUAUGGGUGUCAGUGCUGGAGGUAAAUAAAGUCCGACGUGUCUCACCGCGAUGCUAAAGCCCUACAGCUGUGGCUUUGUCAGACUGCCAAAGGUGUCUUCUAGGCCCCCUCGAAAGUCAGCGAUUUAUUUAUUCUUAUUUAUUUCCUGACAUAUAUAAAUAUUUUUUAAAACUCUCAUUUCGUCCUCACGUCGUCGCAGUUUUGAACCGUUUUUUAGGAAUGUACGGUGGCGCUUUAUUGAAAGCAAAGAGGUACAGCGCGCUCAAAUCGACAACUAGUCAUUUGGAAACGGGGAGAAAAGUGUAAUGUCUAAAUGAAAACUUGCUUGUACCUGUUGGCUUUGAGUCAAGAGUUACCUUGUGGAAAACAAAAAAAGAAAUGAUUCUGUGACCCCCUACUUGUACAGAUGGGAUUUGUAUGUUGUAUGAAUGUGUCACUAUGGAUGUACAAAAAAAAGGGUCUCAGAUUUUGUUUGCGCUUAUCAUUUACAUUAUAUUGUCAUGGCUUACUUGUUCCUAAGGAGAAAAAAAAACAUUAAAGCAAUACAGAUCAGUUACAUUAAA